AUGUCGUUCCGCGGUGGACGAGGCGGCGGUGAUAGAGGAGGUCGCGGAGGCUUUGGUGACAGAGGCGGACGUGGAGGCUUCAGAGGUGGUCGUGGCGGAUUCCAGCAAUCAUAUGGCCCACCUGACCAAGUCUACGAAAUGGGCACAUUCAUGCAUGCUACCGAAGGCGAGAUGGUAUGCGAAUCCAUCAACAUUAAGAUUCCAUACUUCAACGCACCCAUAUUCCUCGAGAACAAGACGCAAAUCGGAAAAGUCGACGAGAUCCUCGGACCACUGAACCAAGUCUACUUCACAAUCAAGCCACAGGAUGGUAUCCAGGCAACAUCAUUCAAGAACGGCGACAAAUUCUACAUCGGCGGCGACAAGCUGUUGCCGCUUGAGAAAUUCUUGCCAAAGCCAAAGCCUCCGCCAGGCGCACCGAAGGUGAAAAAGCCAAGAGGCGCUGGAGGAGCAGGAAGAGGUGGACGUGGGGCCCCGCGAGGCAGAGGAGGCUUCACUCCGCGAGGCCGAGGAGGUGAUCGUGGUGGCCGUGGUGGUGGCCGAGGCGGAGGCCGUGGUUUCUCUGGGAGCGGUGGCUUCAGUAGAGGAGGCAGCAGGGGCACACCAAGAGGUCGCGGUAGAGGAUACUAG